AUGGACACAAGCCUUCCGUCGCAACAACAUACGACCAGGCGGCACCUGCCCGUGCAGCCAUUGAACCAGCGGGACUCUCUGCGAGCAACACCCGACUUGACGAGGCUGCGGAAAGACAAACACCACUCCGCGAGGGACGAGCGGCGCAGUCAACUGCUGCGCGAGAACAGAGGUUUCUCUGACGAAUCGGACGACGUUACUGUGCAAGACCACCGCAGCCGCUCAAGGUCUUCGCGGAGGAAGGGCGCUGCCCCUCCGCCGCCAACCGACACCCCGGCGCCGCCACCGGCGGCCUCCACAGCGGCGACAGCAACCAAUUCUUUUUCUCUUUCUUCUUCUUCCCUUAAUAAUACUCUAAUAAAUAUGUUCCAGGCUACUGAAAUGAAUACCGGCAGCGGGCAUGCAUUACCCGAUGCGAACACCAGCAUUGCAGAGGUGAGCAUAGACCAAGGCGAGACUUUUCAAACUGAACUUAUGAACAGACUGAACAACCUAGACAAGCAACGAAAAUAA